GCAGCCCUUUCCUCCAUGGUGACGCUCUGCGCUGGAUGCCGACUGGUCAGAAACCCUGUCACUCCCUCUCAUACCGCUCGGUGGCGGAGGCUGCCAGCCAGCCAGCUUGAGACAGUGGAUGGAGCAGGAGAGAUCGUUCCAGGACUUGGACGCUUGUGAAAAUCUGAUGUAAACACUGUUAAAGAAACAAAAUACAGCAUUGAAAUGGCAGGCUUCCUAGACAAUUUCCGAUGGCCUGAAUGUGAGUGUAUUGAUUGGAGUGAAAGAAGAAAUACAGUUGCUUCUGUAGUAGCAGGCAUUCUGUUUUUUACAGGUUGGUGGAUAAUGAUAGAUGCAGCUGUAGUUUAUCAUAAGCCCGAAGAGAUGAACCAUGCAUUCCAUACUUGUGGGGUAUUUUCCACAUUAGCUUUUUUCAUGAUAAAUGCUGUAUCAAAUGCUCAGGUGAGAGGUGACAGUUACAGUGAUGGAUGCUUAGGAAGAACAGGUGCUCGUGUUUGGCUCUUCAUUGGCUUUAUGUUGAUGUUUGGCUCACUUAUUGCUUCCAUGUGGAUCCUUUUUGGAGCAUAUGUUACCCAAAAUAUUAAUGUCUAUCCAGGAUUAGCAGUGUUUUUCCAAAAUGCAUUGAUAUUUUUUAGUACUCUAAUCUACAAAUUUGGAAGAACAGAAGAAUUGUGGGGCUAAUACAUUAUUCCCUCUGCUACUUUAUGAGUCCUGUAUGUACAUAUAACUUGCAUUUUUGGCUGUUUUAAAUUUUGCCAAAGUCAUAGAUGUCACAUUAUGCAUUUUAUAUGUUUUCUUUUUUGAAAAGUUUAAGAUUUAAAUAUUCUGUUUAGAAAUUGCUGUAUUUAGCUAUUUUUUCAUAAAACUGAUUUGUGAAUAUGUACAUAUCUGUAUAUAGAUAUAUAAAAAUUAAUGUUAACCUUCCAUCACACUUCGCAGACUUUUCUGCUUUGGUAAAUGGAUAAUGUGUUAAAGUAAAUUAGAUCAAGAAAUUCGUCCUGCUUGUACCAGCGAGCUGUAGUAGCUUCUCUUACAUUAUACUAGCUGAGGGAUAACAUUUUUGAAAUAAAUGGUUUAUCUAGAAUAUAAGAUUCAGCAAGUUACCUUAAGGCAACCAUUUUUAUAAUGCAUGACAUACAAGAUCUAGGUUUGUAUACUCUUCGAAAAGGUGGUGUAACACCUGCAAAUUCCACCUAGUACUAAUUUCCCAAGUACUAGGACUAUACUAUACCAACGCCAAAAAAACCAAGUCUGCAGAACAAUGGCAUGAAAUGUGUAUGAAAACUUAUGUAGCAAAAGGUUCCUUUUAAAAUCUGAAACCCUUACUAGCACAGCAUGUCUUACUGGGGUAGGCCAGUUCUCUCAGUCUGUAUAUACGGAUAAAUGUUUAGGUCUGAAGCAUUAAAGGGAUAGUGAGAGACAAUAGUAUCCCUCAGUCUAAAUGUUAAGCGUGAUUAGAUCUCGGCAUGAAAUUCAGAAGGGCAAAUAAUAAAAACCUCAUCAAUACUUCUCUCUCUUUUAGAGGCCUGUUCACCUAUACCUCUCCUUCACACAUGACAAUACUGUGAACAGGCUUAAAGCUCAGUGGCAACAUCCUAAGGAAGAAAGAGGGCAUUCAGAUAAUCAUAAGGUCUUUUCAAAAGUGCAUCUAUUUAUGAAAUAUGCAAAGGAAAUCUCAUUGUACAAAUCACAUGAUCUCCUGCUCUGGAUGUUGUUUUUUGUAUGUUGUAAGGAAGAAGUGUAUAUGAAAUAAAUUUUAGGAUACACUAGGUUUUAAACAAAAAUGGAGUUGGGAGAAACUAUUUUUUUAAAUCUCUUGCUGCAUGAUUUUCAUUUUCAAGAAUUUUAUUCAUACCAGUUAGUGAGGCAAAUAUGUAUACACUGUCAUAAACCAGGGGCAGCUGUAUUUGUGCCCAUCCAAACUUGAAUAACGGUUUUAUUUGCAUAAUGUAAUGGCAUGUGGUUCUCUAUCUAUUUGAAAUACUCUGACAGGAAAAGACUACAGGGGAAUGAUGACAGUAAGCCUGCCCAGUCCGAGUUGAUCAUUGGGGAGCUAACUAAGGACUUAUUCUGAGCCUUCUGUUUCCUAUACAUCUUCUCUACAGGCAUGCCCAAUUGAGUGGUGGUCAUUUUUAAAACCAGUUUCGGCUGCAGAGCCUUUAGUGGAUAAACUAUGAAGCAAAUACUUAAGCUGAGAGUUGUCCUGUUACCUCACUCUUGUUUUGUACCUGUUCUCUCCAUCAAGAUAUCACUUUAAUCUAUGAUAUAAUACUUAAUUUGGUCUAACUUGGUUGUUCACAGUAAUUUAAAUCUAAUAAAGACUGAUAACGUAUUGUUUUAAAAAUAAA